AUGGGUCAUGUCACUGCAGACUGGACACCACUUGGUGAAGUCUUUUACAGGUAAAUUGCUCUCAUAAAAAAACUAUGGUAAUUUUUAAUAUGACAAUGGUUGAUUUAUACCGAGAUGGUAGAGUUGUAAGAAAUUGCAGGAAUCACUGAGUAUUUUAAUUAAAUACAAAACAAUAGUAACCCUGAAAAUAGUAAAAUUUUGAAAUUGUUUAUUCAACAUUUCAGCUAGAUCAUGCAUAUAUCAGGACUUUGUCAUUGUCAAGAAUGAAAUACUUUCAGUCAUCAUCGUUCAUUCCUAAUUAAUGAGUAAUGAUGACCAAAAUCUAGUCAAAAUGUUGAAAAAAAAAUUCCUGAUGAUGAUUAAAAUCUAAAAAUGCAGAUCUUCUGCCUGGAACAUUUUCCAUGCACAUUUAAUACAAAAACCACAGUCUGGCAGACUGGCAGAGUGAUCUUAGGAAAAACCUAUUGUCUGUUAGAUUAUUCCUUUCUGUAUAUAAAACAAGACGCCUGCUCAGGUGUUCACACUGGCCUGAAAAUGGCAAUUUUCAUGGUAGGGUGUAAUGUGUAGUAGAGAAUUCGAAGUAGACAGGGAUACAGGAGCUAGGUUCGGACCAUAUAAAUACAACCAAUAAAUACAAUCAUGAUCAGCAACUAUCUGCCAUAAUAUACCAAGACGCCGGCUCAGGCAUACCCCCGGCUACGGGCAACUCAACCUGACAAGCCAGGCCCACUGUAAACCAUAGACGGAUUUUGUGGGGGUGCAGGGGGGUGCUACCCCCCAAUAUUAGCUAUAACCACCCCAAACAAAAUGGCCACCCCUCCAAAAAAAUUUUCAACCCCCCCAAUAUUCGGCAUAAUAAAAAAUAAUUAAAUAGUCCACUCCAACGUGCAGAGUGUUGAUGAUACUAAAUAAACGUAGGAGUACACUACAGUGCAAUACUAAUCGCUCCUUGCUUGCAUUCACUGGUAAAUUGUAAAGUUUCGAAACUCUAUUAUCUCCCCUGAAUAGAGUUUGCAGUGCCUUGUCAUGCAAAUAGCUUGCUUGCAAGGAACGUUUGGAAUUUUUACGAAAAUUAUUUUUAGUUUUAAAUUCUUUUAGGAAAUAGACUUGCCUAGAUUUAAUCUUUAUGCCCCAAAUAUUAUUUACAUCAGAGUUGCAUCAUAAAUUGUACUUGGAUUUGACACAAUGUCAAUGACUUUAUAAAAGUAAAAACAUAUUGUGUAUUGGCCUAUUGGGUUUACACUUUUACAGGUUCAUUUAACUUUAACUCUCUCAAGUCUCAACAGACAAUCGGACAUGCCAAAUCCAUUGAUAUGACAACUUCAAAAAACUUUUUUUCGAAGCUAGAAAUCAUGAUUUUUUUCAAAUUUCACCAGGGAUACUUUGUUUUCUGCUCUCUAGACUCCCCCUCGCGGCGCUAGUGCUCCACCCCUAGAAUAUAGACUUUACUGGGGUUUGGUGAUACUUUGUGUUGAUUCAGUCACCUGCUCACCCCCCCCCCCCCUAAAAUUUCUGGCACCACCCCAGUAAUAAAUAUGAAAAUCCGUCUAUGGCUACAUGACAGGGGUGUGAAUAUUUUCACGAAACGUUUGUUCGCCACGAUUCGAGCAAGGAGAGUUGGAAAGUUGGUUUGUUAAGCUUAGCUAACUAGCUAGCUAUUAUUCUAAGAUAAUUCUCAAGACUUAUUGAAGGACUGUUAUCCGUUUGUUCUCUAGGUAAUAUACUUCUUGUUGGCAAUGGAUCUCUCUGUGGUGAAGUAAAGAUCACAGAUUUUGGUUUAAGUAAAAUAAUUGAGACAGAUGACGACAGCAUGGAGUUGACGUCACAAGGUGCUGGGACAUACUGGUAUCUUCCACCUGAAUGUUUUGUUGUCAGUAAAGAACCACCAAAGAUUUCGUCCAAGGUGAGUUCUGAUAAAGAGUUUUAGACUACAACUACACCAAUUGUAGUGUGCAGAAAGGGGGGUUCUGUACCGGGACAUCAUAGAGCUCCACCCCAUCGGCAGUGGUUUGGAUCGGCUGGUACACAUCCAUGACGUAAACAUGGUCAGAUUCCAUGGGUCGGGUGGAGCAGUAGAACUCCAUCCAUGACAUCAACAGAGUUCAUGGGUAGAGCGCAUGUGUAGAGCGACGGUCUAGAAGGCCGAAGAUGCGAGUUCGAUGCCGCAUUAGACUUUUUCGUUGUACUCUGCAGUGUCGGAACAAAGUUAGUACUUGCAGCCAUCAACCUUUCCAACCCAUGAAUUACUCGCACUCUUAAUCCUCCACUGUGCUCGCCAUCACAUGAUUAUCUAUACUUAUCCACGCAGCGACCGGGAAAUACUGAUACGAUACAAAAAUUUAACCAAAGAAACUAAGGUUUGAUGUAAACAGGUUGUACAGAUGUUUACUUUUACAGGUUGAUGUUUGGUCAAUUGGUGUUAUUUUCUAUCAAAUGUUAUACGGCAAAAAGGUAUGUAAAACUGUAAAACGACUGCCUCUUACGCAGGCGUUUUGGUUUGCUAGGGCGCUUAUAUACUUCUGUGAUAUAAACUCGAACGGUCUGCUACCGUAGGUAAUGUUCGGGUAGUUGAAUACCUUUCAGUCCGCAUCUUUCCAGCUUAUAUACUUACAUAUCUGCAGGGCGCUUACAGCAAAGAUGCGAUGUGUCAAAAAUAGAAAAAGCACAUGAUGCAUGCAUAGGAACAAGUCAAUGCAGCCAACGGUCGAUUUUAUGUAAUUUAUUGCCAGUAACGAAAUAAAAUAAGCAAAAACAACAAGACUUGGUACACAGUUUUACGUUAAUAAGCCAGUUGCAGACAAGCAAGUUUUUAUGACAAGUUUUCAUCUGGCAAGUUUUAUUUCCUUAUUGCGCGUGUGUACGUACACGAAUUUUCUGUGACAAGAUUUCAGUUUUCUGGCCGCCAUACCACUGAUAAUAUACUUUUUCUGGCCGCUACUUCAACAAUAGAUCGCUAUCAACCGCAUCUAAGUGCAAGUGUUUUGUCAAUUUACUUUAUGUAAUUUUCUUAGUUGACCCUUGGUAAUGUUGCUGUGUUUUCGGUAUAUAUAAACAUGAUCGUAUACGAAUUUAAUUAGAGAUGCAUAUUUGGGGUAAUGGUGCUGUGUUAACGACGUUUAAUAUAUACGAGCAAAAUUUGUACUUUGCAUGCAAAAGAAAACGUGCCAUUUGAAAACUUGUCAUAGGAAACAUGGUCAUCUGUAACCUUUAGUGUUGGGUUGUGGGACAAGUGAAGGGUUAGGAUCAGGAUUGUACGGAUUAGGGAUAACUUUUAUCAACUUUACCUUUUAUCUCAACAAAUAUACAUUGAUUAACUUUAAGAAUUCAACGUUAUGGUCAGCGGGACAGGAAUCCCAUAUUAAGACCAACUAUAUUAGGAGUAAGAAAUCGGUGUAUUUAAAUAGUGAUUGUUAACAUAGAAAUCGACCAAUAUAUACGAUUACACAAUACUUGGAUAAUGUAUUGAUGCAAUGAAGAUUUAUUUCUUUGAGAUAUCACUACUUUUAUAUGUUAUUAACUGGCUGUCUUAAACACCCCACUUGUCUAGUUAUCCUCGUAUCCUGAGACCCUGGGUACGAGGUUGUUGUCUAUUGUAGACUAAUAUUUAUGCUGUCGUUUUAAUAAUGACUACAGUAAAAGUAUACGAUCAAGCAAAAACCUAGUUGGACUAGCGUGUUUUAAACUAAGUAAAUGGUAAAGAUAAGAAAAUCAAGUCCGUAAAUGUGUUCCAAAAAUACCGUUUCCGAGUCCCGUAUCAGCGUCCACAAUUUGUGUCCAGAUAUUUUGAAAAUCUGUUGACAAAAUGAUGAGAGUUAUUUAAGAAAAGUCGAUAUCGACCAUAUUGACGUCGAUAAGCUCUGGUCCAUCUCUUCGCGUCCUUUAAAAGACAUUUGCUCUCGCCCUUUCUGCUCCGACGCCACUUGAUCUUGCAACUGUCUAGAGGGCGGUACAUGUAGUACGUGCGCUUUAUGCCCCAUUCGAAAAUGGUGCCCCGGAAAAGCAGCAGACUGUGACGAGGUUUCAAUGUGUUUAUAUUGGUGGCACGUUUACCCUUUAUUGUAGCCCAGAGACUCAUGUCGCCGUAAAAAUACUCACUGGACUUGGCUAUAGGGAAUAUGUAGAAACAAGAUAAAUUGUUCAUUCUAAAGUAGAUGUCAUUAUGGCGUAUUUUCAUUCCGGUGGGAUUCAAGAAGGGCCAAAAAUUUACUGGGCAAUACUGAUCUAUUUAAUGGUGGACUCUCCUGUUGAAUGAACUAUGCCUAAUUAACUUAAUAUACUUUUUAACUUAUUUUUUAUGUUUGUAAGAAGGGCACAUAUUGAUAGCAGUGUUUUAUACACUGAAAUGUUUUACCCUCUGUUAAAUCUCUCUAAUAAUAGUAGCACAAGCUUCCGCAUUAUCUCCAAUGUGUUGAUUGUUUUACGUCAGUUUGGUUUCCUUUCUUUGAGAUUCAAUGCACGUUGAUCAGUUGGGUGUACAUGCAGGGAUGUCCAGUACUUUUAGAUUGCCCUUAAGCUUGUCUUUAUAUCUGACUAGGCUUCUUACUCAGAGGUUGUAGUUCACCCUGGUCUAAUAUAUUACCGAAACAGAAACCACUGAGAACGACUGAAUGAAAAUUAGGUAUAAUAAAAAUAAAACGCAAACCUGAAUUGCCCUGGGUUGGUUUUGGAUAAUGGCAUUUGUCCUUGCGACGUCGUGUCCAAAAGAAAGACUCUACCAAAAUACUUUGGAUCAACACCAAAAGUACCAGAGCAGGCAGGAAGGUUGACCGCACCAUGUCUUAUAUAGUGCUUGGAAAUUACAAGAAAAUUUCAUAGAAUUAAAAACAAUUCUAGUAAAAACUAACAAGUCCGAAGAGUAAAUCUAAAAUCCACAAUCUUAAAAUGUGUUUUUUUUUUAACAAAAUAUGAUUAUAAAAUACAAUUUUCAAGCCCUGCGAUUCCAGUACAGCGCUCUAACCAACUGAGCUACAGAAUCCAGUUGCGAAGCUGCUUCAAAAUCUCGAUAUUUACCCAUAUAAAACUUAGUUCUAUUUACUAAACUAGUCUUUUUACUGACAAACCUCUACAUAGCCAUAGGCUCAUAUCAAUGAUAUUAAUAUAGCAGAUACAGUACAUACUCUUUCAGUUCGUGUUUCUUGACUUUUUAAUGGUUGAAAAUCAGUUGGUUACCCUAUAUGACUGGCCCACCACAGAUUCAAAGUAUUUUGUAUCCUCGCACUUCAAGAAUGUUCAUUUUCUACAAACGUCUUGUCUAUUGUGUUAUAUAUUACUACCUUCAGCAUCUUACUGAUAUUUGUACAGACAAUAUUUGCAUAUCCCAAACUAUGUCCAGCGUGUUACUUUCUUCUACAAUAAGCUGUCGCGGUUUGUGUCUGAACUAGUUGAAAAUAAUUCGAUGUUACAAGAGAAUAUAUCCUUCGUUAGAGAGUUCGUUGUGUCUACAAACUCUCCCGAGAUGGAAAUUCGCUCGAAACCGUGUUUAAUCUGUGUCAGGUUGUUCAGACACAAACUGCGGAUGUUUACAUAAUAAAUGACAUAAGUUCUUCCACAAGUUCUUUCAUAAGUGCUUCCACAAGUGGGCUUGUCAAUAAUAUACAACUAACAAAUAUUUUUCUAAAAUCCUGCUACGCACUGAGUCGUCGUGAGUGAAAACAAAAAUCUCUCCAAUUUCGUGUUAAUCCUGACUUUGAAUCUUAACGUUCCACGAUUACACUUCAUAAAUAUGCAUCCCAAAGUUGCUGCGUGGUUGUCUCGUGGGGCACGCGAUAUGAGAGAACAUAAUGAAGUAGAAACAAAGUACUGUUGUUUAUUAAUUAUAAUGUUCAUUUACGAGAACGAGGUUACAGUGACAUAUUUUAAUUGCUCUCUUUAUUUCUAGCCUUUUGGUCACAAUAUGUCCCAGACGGCAAUACUCGAGAAUCACACAAUUUUAAAAGCGACAGAAGUUGAGUUUCCACCCAAACCCAGUGUUAGCAAUGAAGCGAAGGUAAGCAAUGGAUAGAAAUAGGAUAUUUAGGAGUAAAUUACUUUAUUUUCAGUUAACGUAAUAAGCCAAUACACGCUUCCGGAAAGUACAUCACCUUGGCUACAGAGCCUCGUUCUCGUGUUUGAGACGUUAGGCUUCAACUAAUCUCACAUACACGAAAACGAGGCUUUAUAGCCAAGAUGACGUGCUUUCCGGAAGUGUGUAUUCUCGACUGCGCAUCCAAAUGACGCAUUCUGUGGAUAAAUUACAGUUGAACUUCAACAUGUAUAGAAAUUUUAUUGACUCGCUUUAAGUUAGAAAAUACAAUCUUUAUUUCGCUUUACAUAGAGGACAAAAUAUUUAAUGGACAGUUUCAUGGCUAUAAGUGAAACACAAAUCAAUACUUUGCAUAAUAUUUAAUGCUUCCUGUCUCAGCAACAUGUUUUGAUCCACUGCAGAACCGACGCAGAACUCGUUAUUUGGAUGCGCAGUCGAGACUGUUGGCUCAUUCCGUUAUUCCUUUACUUUUUAGUGGGUGUUAGUGGCACAGUGGUUAGCGCACUAGUUCAAGCAGCAAUAAUAAUCUUCUUCAACAACGAGAUCCUUUCUACAACAUUCGAGUUCUUUUAACCAGCGUUUGAACUUUCGUUUAAACCUGGUGACAGGGCACUACCUGGAGAUAAAAAUGUCCUGCAGACCAACGGAGUAUUUUGUGCUAAAUCUGCAUGUGCAUAAACAUAGAGUGUUCUAGCUGACCAUGGUUUUAAAUUCAAGGAAUAGUGUCUGUCAACCAUAUGUUGUUGCGCCCAUGGUAGGACAUGGGGUGUUAAGGUUUUUUUCACAUUUUCAAUGGCAAAUCUUGAUUCAAACAAAUUUCCUGCAGCUGUUUAACAUUUCCUGCGAGCAGUGCUCCCGUGCUCGCCUAUCUUUUCCACCCCUGCCUAGUGAUUUAUUUCAAUACACCAAAAUUAUCCCACCUUCCAUCCCAUCCCGGCAAACCGGGCUUAAGGAAACAGCCCAACACUGAUUGGCUGAGCGAAUUAAACCUUCAAAUGCAUGAUGAAAACAUUGAAGCCUCCAUCCUAGAAUGGACAGUUCUUGUUUUUCAUCCUUGAUAGGACCGUAUUUGAAGUUGCACUGGAUAUAAGAAUAUAGCCUUUUACGUACGAUUGUUUGAUUUUCAACCUGUUUUGUUUCAAUUAGAAUUUCGUUCGUCGAUGUUUGGAAUACAACAAGGACAGUCGAGCUGACGUAUUUGCUAUAGCUGAGGACCUCUAUCUCAAACCUGGAGCAGGGAAAAAGUCGUCCACGUAA